GAAGAAAAUGAAGUCGACUUGCCAGCGGAAGUUGUAGACGCCACAUGCAGCUGCAGCAUUGAGUCGUCUGUUCCAGCCCAGAGUCCUGUUGAGUAUCAACUGGCUGUAGACCCUUCAGCAAUAUGACCAGUGUGGAACAGGUGUCAGCAGUAGGACAGGUUCUGACAGACUCUGGACUGGACCUAACCCGGCGGUUCAGAGCCUUAUUCACCCUGAGGAACUUGGGAGGUGCUGAAGCUAUAGAAUGGAUCAGUAAGGCCUUCACUGACGAGUCGGCCCUGUUGAAGCAUGAGCUGGCUUACUGCCUGGGACAGAUGCAGGACAAACGGGCCAUACCCAUUUUGAUUGCAGUACUCAAAGAUACACAGCAGGCACCGAUGGUCAGGCAUGAAGCAGGGGAGGCUCUGGGAGCAAUUGGCGAUCCUGUGGUUCUGGACCUGCUGAAGGAGUACAGUCAGGAUCCUGUCAUAGAGGUUGCAGAGACGUGUCAGCUGGCUGUUCGUCGGCUGGAGUGGCUGCAGAGUGGAGGCGAGAAGCAGCUGAAUGAUGGAAACACGGAUAAGAACCCGUACUGCUCAGUAGACCCAGCUCCUCCAGCAGUGAGGAAGAGUGUGUCAGAGCUGCGCACUAUCUUGUUGGAUGAAAGUCUGCCGCUCUUUGAACGCUACCGUGCCAUGUUUGCCCUGCGGAACCUGGGCAAUGAGGAGGCUGUGCUGGCACUGGGAGAAGGCUUGCAGUGCUCUAGUGCUCUGUUCCGUCACGAGAUCGGCUAUGUCCUGGGUCAGAUGCAGCACCCGGCCGCAGUCCCAGCCCUGCGCGCAGCUCUGGAGCGUUCCGGUGAGAACCCCAUGGUCCGACACGAGGCGGCAGAGGCUCUCGGGUCCAUCGGCAAAGAGGAGUGUCUGACUGUGCUGCAGCAAUACCGUGGAGAUGGAGAACGUGUCGUCAAGGAGAGCUGUGAGGUCGCUCUGGAUAUGCUGGAGUAUGAAAACAGUGAUCAGUUCCAGUAUGCAGAUGGACUUGUCAGGUUACAGGGUUAAAGGUCUAUGUUCCCGCUUCACUGAAAUCGCUUUUUUAACGCAUUUACUCCUCUCUGUACUAUAUAAUAUCUUAUACAGCAGAGGUGCCAGGACAUCUCAGUGCAUCAGUAAAACUAUUGGGUCCUCCAGGAUCAAGCUCCACAGUAAGAAAGAUACUUGGCGCUUAAAACCAAAAAAUGAAACUGUAAAGCAUGGUGUGGGUGUUGCUGUGUGGAGGGGACAGAAAGGAAAAGUGUCCCCUGUGUUGUUUCCCCCUUCAAGAUGCAACUGCACACGUCUUCACUGCUGUCAUUUGGGGUUUUGUGGAAACUACAGCACCUCCACUAUGCUCACACUCUCUGGUCAGCUUUGGGCUGAAGGUUGUAAGCCUGUGGGAUUGAUGUGAUGAUUUUAAGGGCUUUUCCAUUGAAGGCCUGUUACUUUGGUCUUUCUUAAUCCUUUUUUCCUGGGAGCUGUAUGUGAUCAUACAGUCUGAUAGAAUGGAAAUGAGACAGGGCUAUAUGACUUGUUUUGAGUUUAUGGCAUUGGUUCUGAUCCAGGCUGCACUACGUGGUGUUUAGGUCAUUUUGCUAUAGCCUCAUAUAGCCAGACCUACCACCACACUCUGUGUUAGCGCCAUGCCAUCGCUGGAUAUAGGUCUGGCUGAACCCCAUCAUAAUUCUACAAUAAGGAAAAAAACACAGAGUUGUUUGUGUUUUUUUUUUUUU